AUGGAUUAAUAGUAAUUUGAUUCUGAAUUGUAAACCUAUUUUCUACACAUUAAACAUGAAAUCAAAUAAGAACACAUAGAAUAUUUGAAAAAGCAUCCAGAAUUAAAUCAAAUAUUAAAUGAUUUCACAAGUUAGAUAAUUUUAGAGAAAGUAACUUUAUAAUAAUAUUUCAGCCAGAUAAUGUUUAUCAAUAUGCUAAAGAAUACUUUAGUUUCUUUAAUCAAGAAAAAGAUCUAAAGACUUGUAAACCUUUAGUUGUCUCAGGUGCAAGUGGAGUUGGAAAAGUAAUUUUUAAAUAUUAAUUGUACUUAAUAGGGUACUUUGUUAUAGAUGCUUUUUAAAUAAUAUCCACAAUAAUUUGUAUUUAGUGUUAGCUAUACAACAAGAGCACCAAGACCAGGUGAAGUUCAUGGAUAACAUUAUUAUUUUGUUAGUAAAGAAGAAUUUUAAAAGGAAAUUGAAAAGAAAGCUUUUUUAGAAUAUUGUGAGGUACAUGGAAAUUAUUAUGGAACUCAUUUGGCACAAGUACAAAAGGUAAUGAAGUAAGGAUAAGUAUGUGUGAUUGAGAUUGAUGUUUAAGGUGCUGAAAAGAUUAACAAAUCUAUGCCUAAUCAAUGUAAUUAUAUUUUCAUUAAUGCUCCUUCAAAUGAAGAAUUGAGAAAAAGAUUAACUGGAAGAGGAACAGAGACAGAAGAGGUAAUUGAGAAAAGAAUGAAAAAUGCUGAAAAAGAGAUAGAGAAAUCUCAUUAACUAGGAUUUUAUAAUGAAUUGUUAAAUGAUGAUUUGUAAAAAACUUUUAAGAAACUAAUUGAUCUUCUCAAAACCUUUUAUGUUGAUCUAAAAUUAUGA